GGCCGUGCUCUAUACCGUCCACUUCUGUCUGCAUCUACAUCUGCGUGGGUGAGAUGUUGCCUAGUGGGAUCCUUUUGAUGUGCUUCGCGGGUCUUCAGUUACGGAGCUGUGCUGCUGAUCUGUGCAACUGGACUGGAAGGUAGGGACGCUCUGUUUUUUACUGCAACUAAGGUUUUGUUGCAUUCUGAUAGCUGAAAGCAAUCGGGUCAACCUUUUACCGUUGCAUAUGAUGAUUCAAAACAAUUGGAUUUAAUUUAAAUGAUACAACUGCAUGAUGCUGAUUAAAUAGUACGAGACAAAUGAUAAUGUUUUAUUGAAUUACACUCAAAUAGAGGGAUAGUCUGCCGUAUGUUCUCAAAAGUGGCUUAUAAUCUAGAUAUCAUGAUAAUAUUUAUUAUGAAUGGAUAAGGCCAUUAGUUGCAAUGCAUCCAAUACAUGGCAGUCAUUUUCAUUUCGCUUCGUUGAAUCAUUAAACCCCCGUUUUUUAUCUUCCCGCCAAUCCAGCGGUUUUGCAGCUGGGGUGGACUCCAGGAUUGUCCUCCAGGUGCAGCUGCGCUGCACAGAGGGCUCGGUGCGCUGGAUAUACCCGGGCCAGGCUCUCAGAGUGGUCCUGGAGCCCAACCUCUCCACCGCCGGACGCACCACCGUCUGCAUCAAGCCGUCUCCCUCUCUCCGUGGGGCCAGCGUGUUCGUGGAACGCGCCGGGCAGCUCGAGCCGCUGGUGACGGAGCGAGGGUUGCCCGAGCAGCAGGUCUUGUGUUUCCGGGCGGAUGGCGCGCAGAGGCCCGCCAUCUACCUCCAGUCCAGCCCGCAGAGCGAUGGAUCGUGGAGCAGACGUACGAUGGGCUUCAGAUAUGAGCUGUUGAGCAACAGGAGCGCAGCGGCCAACCACGGCCACACCUGGCUUCAGGCUUCAUGCCAACCUUGCAAUAACACACAGCUCCUCAUGGCCAUCUGCAACAGUGACUUUGUGGUCCGAGGUUUCAUCCACAAUGUUUCCCACAGCUCCCAACGUGGCACGUCGCUGGUGGAGGUGUCGGCCGAGAGGGUCUACUGGCAGCGCAGCGGAGUGUUCGAGCAGCGAGCCUCCGCCUCCGGCUCUCCUCCUUCCCCCGUGUCUUGGCGUGGACACAUCCACACACUCAUGCGGUGCCACGUGAGGCCCGGCGACGGAGAGUUUCUCUUCACGGGGUCAGAACACUUCGGGGAAGCUUGGUUAGGGUGUGCCCCGCGGUACAAAGACUUCCUGUCCGUCUACCAGACUGCCUGGGCAGCGCGUCAGAAUUCCUGUGACUUCCCUUUGGACUGAGGAAGUGUGGUUAGUUCAAGCUCUAACGGGGGGGGG